UGCAUACCUAUUACCUUUUUUGAGUUGAAAUUGAUCUUAUACAAUAAAUAUUAAUAUUUCCAUUCCACAAGAUCACAUUCAGAAAUUGGACAUCCAGUGAUAACCCAAGUCUAGCAACUUGCAGGAGGAAAAAUAUUUGUAGUUGAGGUGGCCGAGCAGGAUGGCGCAUCAGUUAGCAGUAAAUGGUGACAUUACAGUGACGAGCACCAUGGAGGAAGAGCAGACGGCUCACGAUUGGGAGGCGGAGAAGAGAGAAGCACGGGGCACUGGUGGACUGUUUGAUGAUGGUACCAUGAGUUUCUUCUGGCGUGCUCACACAUUGACCGUCCUAGCUAUAUUUAGCUUACUUCUACUUUAUGUGGCCAUAUUUGAAGAUGUUAGCCUUGAUCCUGAGUAUAAUACUAAAAGAGGAUUACUUGCAGUCCUUUGUGCCUUUGUGCUGUUUGGAGUUGUCCAUACCCCAGAUGGUCCAUUUAGAAGACCCCAUCCAGCUUUUUGGAGAUUUGUAUUCGUAACCAGCAUAGCAUAUGAGCUGGCCUUAGUUUUUGUACUUUUUCAAACCGCGUAUGAUGCACGCCAACUGCUCACAUUUAUAGAUAAAGAUCUGGGAAAACCACUGAUGGAGAAAAGUUUUGGAGGGAAUUGUAAAUUAUACGAUUCUGAUGUCCCAGAUAAUCCCUUCCACAAUAUAUGGGACAAAAUGGAUGGCUUUGUCCCAACUCAUUUCUUUGGCUGGUGGUUGAAGACGCUCAUUAUUCGCGACUACUGGCUUUGUAUGGUCAUCAGUAUCAUGUUUGAGGUCUUGGAGUACACGCUAGAACACCAGUUGCCAAACUUCAGUGAAUGUUGGUGGGACCAUUGGAUAAUGGAUGCCAUAGUAUGCAAUGGUCUGGGUAUCUACCUUGGUAUGAAGACCCUUAAGGUGCUAUCUAUGAGAAAGUGGUACUGGAGAGGCAUGUGGAACAUUCCUGGAUACAAGGGCAAGCUAUGGCGAGUUUUUCAACAGUUUGGACCAUACAGCUGGACAGACUUUGACUGGAGGCCAGUCUCCAGCCUGAAGCGUUGGCUGGCCAUGAUUUUUAUCAUCUUCAUGUUCCUUUUGGCUGAACUGAAUACAUUCUACUUGAAGUUUGUACUUUGGAUUCCCCCAGAGCAUUUUCUGUGCCUUGGUAGACUGGUCAUGCUUUUGUGUAUAGGUGGAGUUUGUAUGCGUGAAUGUUUUGAAUUCCUCGAUAAUCCUAAAUGUAAGAAGUUUGGCCAGCAGUCUUGGAUUUUGUUAUGCAUCAUCAUAACUGAACUUCUUAUAACGCUCAAGUUUGAUCCUGUUACGAUCAGUAAGCCUCUACCCACAGGAAUUUUUUAUUUCUUGGUGUGUGGGGCAAUUGGGCUCAUCCUUUACACCAUAUGGCAUUUCUGGCUAGUUAGGUUUGUUCAUCAUGCCUAUGCUAAGCUCACAACCAACCAGGAUGCAGAUAGCCAGUCUAUUCAAAAUGGCCACCAAUCUCAAGAUGACUCACCAGAAAAUAAUUAUAGGUCAAGUAAUAAUAAUGAUUUUAAGCAAAAUGGGAGUCCAGUAAGGCAGUUACGUACACGUAAACCCGUAAAACUAUCUUAGCUGUGAAACACAAACAUGGGCUCAAGAAGGGUGUGACAUAGGGACUUAAGGACCCCACUGUAAAUUAAAAUAGGAAAAAGGUUUCUUUUCUGAGCACCUUGCAAUAAUCAGCUGCAAAUCAUGGGCUUACAUAGCCCAUGCUCAGAUUAAAUUAACUGGCUGUGUGUACAUCCAUGCAGGCACAUGUAACACACCCUUCUGCUCAAGCCUCUUCACUUGAAAAUGAAAGAGAUUCCUCAAUAUGCUGACUGAUAAGAGAAUCUACUGUUUAAACUGUUAUUAAAAGAGAUCAUGAGAUUGAUUUUUGUUCGACAUAUCUCAUAUAUUGACAGAGUCUAGUUAGAUUUUUAUAAAAACCGGGGACUAGUGUAGAAUAGAGACAUUAUUUUAUUGAGUAGUAACAAAUACAGGGUUCGUGUCUUUCGUGCAAUGAAUAUCGACUUGCAAUUUGAGCCGACUCACCAUGCAUGCUCCUCGGCACUGCAAACAUUUUACUAAUUUUGAUACAGUUAAAAAUGAAUAACAUCAAAAUAUUUUGAAGUUAAAAAAAUAGUUUUAAACUCGGAGACCAAUAUUUGGCUGAUUUAAUUUAGUGUAAUAUACAUGUAGUAUAACAUAUAUAAUACAUAUUAUACAGUAUGUGUAUGUAUGAUUUUAUUUUGGAUUUUGUACAUUUCCUGUUGUGAAAUGUAUUAUGACUAGGAUUUACACACAUUUUACCUUAAUAUACUAUAUAUAUAGUAUUCAAAGUAAUGUGACAAGUACGUAUAUACAGGUACAAAGCCCUUUCUUAGCUCAGUUUUUGUAGCCCUGUUUUUGAAGCCCUAUGUUCCACAUCCUUCCAUAUGAUACAUAUCUCCUUAGAAAAUAUCACAUUUUUGUGUCUUCUGUUCUGUAGUCUUGCCUAUUUGUCAUCAUUUCUCUCUAAUAUUUGUUUUUUGGUAUGACUUCAGACAAUACGGGAUUGAAAAUAUGGGGUGGGUUGGAGCAUACAUAGUUAUUUCCCCAGCCCAGACUAAUGGCAGGCCCAUCGCCAGCUUUGCCAAGGGGAUUCAGGUUUGAAGAAUUCCAGAGGGGCUUCAAAUUCCCCAAAUCACUUGAGAAAUUGCUGAGAAACUGUCUGGUUUUGGAAGAAUUUUUGGCCAGUGGGUUUGCCAGAAUCCCCCGAAACACCCCCCCCCCCUGGCUACUGGCCUACAGUUGCUUUUAAAAUGUCUAGAUUGUUGUACAAAUUUAUAUAUUGCUUAUUUUUCAGAAAUAUAUCAUGAAUGAA